AUGCGAGAAACACGAAGGGGACGCGUCUGUCCAGGCCAACUGCUUGGUACCGGUGCGCAGCCAGCUGAUUUCAAACGGCUGAUGUUGGUGCUUUUGGGUGUUGGUUGUAUACUGAUAUACCUUUGUAUUGAAUGGAUGCGACGCGUUCGUCGAUAUCCACCAGGGCCGUUUCCUCUACCACUGAUAGGAAACCUCCACCAUAUAAUCAUCGGAAACAUCAAAUAUGGAGGCAUCGUUGAGCUGAUGAAAAAAUGGCAGAAGACAGCUAAAGAGGAAAUGAUCGUCAACGGUGCCGCUUAUGCGGACCGAUACACACCGUAUGCUCUUGACGUGAAGCGAGUAAGACUUGUAGAAGGGCGAGGUACGGUAUUCUCGAGUGGCGAUUUUUGGGCUGAUCAUCGUCGUUUCACUUUACGAACCCUACGCGAUUUUGCACUGAAGAACAGCAUCAUGGAGGAGAGAAUCAUGGACGAGUUCAGUACAAGUUAUUUCGCCAAACUGGAAGAAACUAUGGUGGAUGGAGAGACGAAGAUAAAUGCCGGAGAAUUUUUCGAUGUUCUCAUUGGCAGCGUGAUCAAUCGAAUCAUCUUUUCUGAAGUUACGAAGUCACAUAACUUAAAGGAUGAAGACUAUAUGGCUCCUAGCCGAAUCCAGACCUCGAACAUUAUGUGGUCGCAGAUCCUUCUCCUCCUCACGCCACCCCUUUCACCCCGCGCCAUUCGCUUUGAAGACAUUUUCAAGAGAUACUUUCAGGAGAGUACUGCCGAAUUUUUUGAAGUGAAACAUCUGGUGGAUAAAGAAAUUAUGGGAUUGACAGCUUUUGGUAUGUCGCUGGAAAAGUGGACGCUCAACUUACCAAUACUCAAGUACAAGUGGAGAAAGCUCAUCGAACCUCAAGAAAAACUUGUGGAGUUUCUUCAGAAAAGACUAGAUCAGAGAAAGGAAGACAUCGCAUCCGGCAGACAUUCUCUACAUGGAGAUGGUGAUGAUUUUGUUGACGCCUUUUCUGAUAAAGAUGGAAAAAGAUCGAAGAGAAGGUCGACAUCCUACGCAAGCAUACAAGUAGAGAAGACGAGCUACUGUACGAUGUUUUUGACUUGUGGAUUGCUGGUCACGAAACAACGGCGAAUCACUGUAAUGUGGGGUUUCAUGCACUUGAUAAAAAACCCUACCAUCAUAGAGAAGAUUCGAGCUGAACUGAAUGUGGUGACCAAUGGCAAUCGUUCAGUCUCGUUGUCCGACAAAGAGCACACCCCUUACCUGAAUUGGACUGUACUGGAAACCCAAAGGUUAGCAUCGAUAGUGAGUUUGAAUCUGUGGCGAAAAACCAAGGAGGGAAGAAAGGUUGGGGGAUACUUCGUCCCUGAAGGUACGGCUAUCGCUGCUGAACUGUCGUUGAUAAUGAGCGAAGAAAAAUACUUCAAGGAUCCACUGAAGUUUGACCCUGGACGAUACGAGGAAGGAGGGAAGGAGCUGGAACAACGAGUGAUCCCAUUCGGCAUCGGCAAACGGUCAUGUAUUGGUGAGACGCUGGCCAAAGCUGAAAUAUAUUUAGUAGAUUCUGGCCAACAUGAUCUCUCGCUAUGA